AUGAUUAGUAUCUAUCUAUCUAUCUAUCUAUCUAUCUAUCUAUCUAUCUAUCUAUCUAUCUAUCACGAUAUGUUCAUUAUCUAUCUAUCUAUCUAUCUAUCUAUCUAUCUAUCUAUCUAUCUAUCACGAUAUGUUUAUUAUCUCUCUCUCUCACUCUCUAUCUUUUACAAUAUGUUUAUUAUCUAUCUAUCUAUCACGAUAUGUUUGUUAUCUAUCUCUCUGUAUAUAUAUAUAUAUAUAUAUAUAUAUAUAUAUAUAUAUAUAUAUCACGGUAUGUUUACUAUCUCUCCCUCUCUCUCUCUCUCUCUAUCUAUCUAUCUAUCUAUCUAUCUAUCACGAUAUGUUUAUUAUCUAUCUAUCUCUCUCUAUAUAUAUCUAUAUAUCACGGUAUGUUUAUUAUCUAUCUAUCUAUCUAUCUAUCUAUCUAUCUAUCUAUCUAUCUAUCUAUCUAUCUAUCUAUCACGAUAUGUUUAUCUAUCUAUCACGAUAUGUUUAUUAUCUCUCUCUCUCUCUAUCUAUCUAUCAAUCACGAUAUGUUUAUCUAUCUAUCUAUCUAUCUAUCUAUCUAUCUAUCUAUCUAUCUAUUACGAUAUGUUUGUUAUCUAUCUAUCUAUCUAUCUAUCUAUCUAUCUAUCUAUCAUGCAAAUGAUAAGCGUAACUUCAACUGUAAUGAAAACGGUACACUUUGUUUCAUUAAAGUAG